CAAUUCUCUUCUCUUCAUAGCUGUUUUCAACACAAAAACUCUUUCUUUACUUUCUUUAUCUAUGUGACCCUUUGUCUCCCUUUCAAUGGAGCUGGUGGUGGAGCUUGUAGCAUAAACCCCAGAAAAUUCACCAACUGAGAUUUAGUAUUCGUUCGGAGUUCUUUUGGAUCUUGUAGAGAUGAGGAAGAGUGGCAUUAUGAAAGCUGGAGAGGUUCCAAGUCGAUUGACUCGUGCUCGAGCUGCUGCUUUAAGUGCAACUGGACAGUUGCCACCAUUGAAGAAGGUGGCAGAAGAAAGUCAGAAGCAUCCCCUAAGAGCCAAUUCGAAAAGAGCAGUUUCAGAUGAUACAUAUCUGCCGCAUAAGAAGAGGGCAAUUCUUCAUGAUGUCACGAACGUUCGCUGUGAAAAAAGUAAUAGGAGUUGUUUAAAUCCAACUGAAACUCAGGCUAAGAAAAGAAAGCUGAAUAAACCCGCUCGACCUGAUGUUUCAAAGGAGGUUACAUCAGUUGCUAUGGAGUUACCACAGAUUAUUGUUGACUCAAAACCGGUGAAAUUACCAGAAAUGCGGCUUAGAUCAUCAGAAGAUGUCACGUGUUCAGUUAAGUUGGAAGACAAUGAACCGAUUAGGCUGAGUGCCAACCAUUGUGCUACAAAUAACGAUCUGCUUCUCAGCCAGACAUCUCGAGUAUCUGCUCGGCCUUCGAUUUCUCAAAAGAAAGUUUCACAAACUGUUGCGGCCGAGAAAGUUAACACUUAUGAACUUUUGGGUGUGUCAAAGCAUCCAGAUGUUGCUGACAUAGAUGCUGAUUUUGAAGAUCCUCAACUUUGCAGCCUCUAUGCUGCUGAUAUAUACGACCACAUGCGUGUUGCUGAGCUGUCGAGAAGGCCUAAUCCUAACUUAAUGGAAACAGUACAGCAAGAUAUCACUCCAAGCAUGCGCGGGAUACUGGUUGAUUGGCUUGUGGAGGUUUCUGAUGGAUACAAAUUGCAAGCAAAUACACUUUACCUCACUGUAUAUCUCAUUGAUUGGUUUCUCUCAAAAAAUUUCAUUGAAAGACAGAAACUUCAGUUGCUCGGCAUCACUUGCAUGCUAAUUGCCUCAAAGUACGAAGAAAUUAACGCCCCCCAUGUUGAAGACUUCUGCUUCAUCACGGACAACACAUACACAAAAGGGCAGGUACUACAGAUGGAGUCUCUAGUCCUGAAGUCCACUGCAUAUCAACUAUUUGCUCCUACUACGAAAACUUUCCUCAGGAGAUUUCUUCGAGCCGCACAAGCUUCUUACAAGAGACCGAGCAUUGAGUUGGAGUACUUGGCGAAUUACCUGGCUGAACUAACACUGAUGAGCUAUGGUUUCUUAAAUUUCCUUCCUUCAAUGAUUGCUGCAUCUGCGGUUUUCCUCGCAAGAUGGACAUUAGAUCAGUCAAACCACCCAUGGAAUCCAACUCUUGAACACUAUGCUUCUUACAAAGCAUCAGAUUUGAAAGCCGCGGUUCUUGCAUUACAAGAUCUACAACUGAAUAGCAAUGACUGUCCGUUAACCUCGAUCCGCAUGAAGUACACACAAGACAAUCUCAAAUGUGUAGCAACUUUGUCUUCACCAAAAUUGCUUGAAACAAUGUUUUGAAGAUGAAGAUGAUGAAUGCAAGGGAAGGACCCCUAAUUUGUAACAAAAAAGGAGACAUGUUCUGGUUUUAUGUUUCAAAACAGCUCAUCAUGCCUUUUCUUAUAUGUGGAGUAUUAUUUUUUUUGUAUAUACAUUUAUCACUAUUUUGGUUACUUCUUAGUCUUUAUGAACAAUGGAGAUCAAGAAUGUUGCCUAGAAUGUCUUGAAUUCAGAUGGUUUAUUGUAACAGUGAUAUGAGAUUGCUUAAGACUAAUUAAGUACUUUUUCUGGUAGUGAAAAAGUAAAAUCUA